AGUCAGAGUUUAGAAAACGGCGAGCGUUCGCGAAGCGCGUGUUAGCCAAGUGUCUGAAAGAGAGAGGAGUUAGAGAUUAACAAACAUGAAAAGAAAAACAACGAAAGGAUAACAGUUGUAAGAUACUAGCACUAUGCUCGGCAUCGAAUUGAACGGAAAGAAGUUUGGUCGAUUCCUAUUGCUGACGUUCCUUUUACGUAAUUUCAACAGUAUUGUAACGACGGAAGAGGACGUCCCGUUGUUUAUAGGCGGUAUAUUUCCGAUGACUGGCGGUUGGGGUGGUGGUAAAGGCUGUAAACCGGCUGUUGAAAUGGCUUUGGAACACGUAAAUAAAAGAGAGGACAUUCUACCGGGUUAUAGAUUGGAGAUGGUAGCCAACGAUAGUCAGGUAAGGCUCUAUGGCAAUCGAUUGCUUAAGAAAAAGUAUGACUGA